GUUCUGAUUGUGGUUGGGAUCUUAUGUGGGACUGUCAUGGUAAAGGCAGCGAAGCUAUCAAGCUGGGCCCUUGUACGUUUGGUUGUUGUGGAAAGACUGGUUAUAAUAGUAUCUGCUAAAAAUCCCAGCGUGAGUUCCACAAGUUUAUCGAGCCCUAGCAAUACUCCCAAGCCAACUGGACUAUCAGACCAAAUUAUAGCGGCAAUUAUAUCUUCAGUUGUUGGAGAGUUCCAUAAGUUUAUAAUGAAUUGA